GAAGCUUCCAGCGGGCAGAGCUCAGGGCCACACCCAGAUUUCAGGCCGCCUCUGAGGGCCUCUCUAGAGGACAACCUGGUGUUUUUACUUCAGACAAGUUCAGAGCGCGGGGUCCGCGGGUCUGAAGCGCUCACACGCCUCCUCAGGCUGCUCAGUGCCCGACCUCUCACGACCUGGGACGCGACUGUGGCCUGGCCUGCAGCCUCCAGCUCAGAGUCCGCACAGCGGCAGUGCAAGGCCAGGAUGGCGGCGACGGUGACGGUGGAGCCCGCGGGCCGCUGCUGCUGGGACCAGCCGGUGCGCAUCGCCGUGAGCGGCCUGGCCCCGGGGCAGCCCGUCACGCUGCGCGCGUCCCUGCGCGACGAGAAGGGCGCGCGCUUCCGGGCCCACGCGCGCUACUGCGCCGACGCCCGCGGCCUGCUGGACCUGGCGCGCGCGCCCGCGCUGGGGGGCAGCUUCGCGGGGCUCGAGCCCAUGGGGCUCCUCUGGGCCCUGGAGCCCGAGAAGCCUUUUUGGCGGUUUCUGAAGCGGGACGUGGAGACGCCCUUCGCCGUGGAGCUGGAGGUGCUGGACGGCCACGACCCAGGGACUGAGCGGCUCCUGGGCCGGACGGUGCACGAGCGCUACUUCUUGGCGCCUGGGGUGCGGCGGGAGCCGGUGCGCGCGGGCCGGGUGCGCGGCACGCUCUUCCUGCCGCCAGGACCUGGACCUUUCCCAGGGAUCAUUGACAUCUUUGGUGUUGGAGGGGGCCUGAUGGAAUAUAGAGCCAGUCUUCUGGCUGGCCAUGGCUUUGCCACCAUGGCUUUAGCUUAUUAUGACUUUGAAGAUCUCCCCAAGAAUAUUGACACCAUCCACCUGGACUACUUUGAAGAAGCGCUGUGCUACAUGCUUCAACACUCCCAGGUAAAGGGCCCAGACAUUGGGCUUCUGGGCAUUUCUUUGGGAGCUGAUAUUUGUCUCUCCAUGGCCUCAUUUAUGAAGAAUAUCUCGGCGAUAGUUUCCAUCAAUGGAUCUGGAUUCUCUGCAAGCAGACCCAUACACUACAAGCAGACUAGCAUCCCACCAUUGGGCCAUGAUGUGAGGAGAGUCAAGAUAGCUUUCUCAGGUCUCCUGGACAUUUUGGAUAUGCGGAAUGAUAUUGUUGGAGGAUGUGAGAACCCCUGCAUGAUUCCAAUGGAGAAGGCCCAGGGGCCCAUCCUCUUUAUUGCUGGUCAGGAUGAUCAUAACUGGAGGAGUGAGUUAUAUACCCAAAAAGCUUCUGAACGGUUACAGGCCCAUGGAAAGGAAAAACCCCAGAUCAUUUCUUACCCUGGGGCUGGGCAUUAUAUUGAGCCUCCUUAUUUCCCCUUCUGCCCAGCUUCUGUGCACAAACUACUGGACCAACGUGUGAUCUGGGGUGGGGAGCCCAGGGCUCAUUCUAAGGCCCAGAUAGAUGCUUGGGAGCAAAUUCUAACCUUCUUCGGCAAACACCUUGGAGGUACUCAGAAACGAGCUUGCUCCAAAUUGUAAUGCUUUGGUCUUAUUGACACAGGCGAUUUAAGGUGUUAAUAAUGUCAAUCAACUAUUCUCUGGAUAACAUUAAAUUCAUGUCAUUCAUAUUAGUGAUAUAUUUUA